AUCGCAUCUCACACCUCAUUAUUUCUGCCUCUUAUAAGUUAUCUAAAAAUAAUAUAUAAUGGAGUUAGGAAGCAUAGUGCAGUUCCUUGAGGACAAGUCCAUCUUACUCACGGGUGCUACUGGCUUCCUUGCAAAAAUCUUUGUGGAGAAGAUACUUAGAGUCCAACCAAAUGUGAAAAAAUUAUAUCUUCUUUUGAGAACCACGGAUACUAAAUCUACCGAGCAUCGUUUGCAUCAUGAGAUAAUAGGAAAGGACUUGUUCAAGGUUCUGAAGAAAACCCUCGGAGCAAACUUCGAUUCCUUUGUAUCAGAAAAGUUGAGUGUGGUGGCUGGUGACAUUUCUCAAGAGAACUUGGAUUUGAAAGACUCCAUUUUAAGGGAUGAGAUUUACAGUCAAACUGAUGUUAUUGUUAAUAUAGCUGCAACAACUAAAUUUGAUGAAAGGUACACGUACAAUAAAUACUUCGCCCAUCAAUGUAAUAAACUCAAGAUGCUUGUCCACAUCUCAACAGAGAAAUACAAUUUUUUUUUUUUUUUGCUCUUUGAAGAUCCACAGCACAUGGGUGUGUCACUGAAUGGAGUGCCUGGAUUGGACAUUGAAAUGGAAAUGAAAUUGGUGCAACAACAAUUGAAUCAGCUUCAGCAGAAAGGAGCCACCCAACAUGAAAUUAAACUUGCCAUGAAGGACUUGGGCAUCAAAAGAGCAACUUUGUAUGGAUGGCCAAAUACAUACGUCUUUACAAAAGCAAUGGGCGAAAUGCUUUUAGAAACUUCAAAAAGAAACAUGCCUAUUAUUAUUAUACGUCCUACGAUAAUCACCAGCACUUAUAGAGAACCUUUUUCUGGUUGGAUAGAAGGUGUAAGAACCAUAGACAGUGUUGCUGUUGCGUAUGGUAAAGGAACAUUAACAUGCUUUCCUGGAGAUAUUCAUGGAGUAUCCGAUGUGAUACCAGGUGACAUGGUGGUAAAUGCAAUGCUGGCGGCGAUGGUGGCGCAUGCAAAUCAGCCCAGUGAUAAUAUCACCAUAUAUCAUGUGGGUUCCUCUGUUAGCAAUCCUAUGAGAUACCACAAUCUCUGCAACUACAUGUUCAGAUAUUUCACUGCAAAACCUUGGAUAAAUAGAAAUGGAAAGCCUGUCAAAGUUAGAAAACUUAUAAUGUUGAAUAACAUGGCAACCUUUCGCACAUACAUGUUUAUUCGUUACUUGCUGCCUCUGCAGGUACUUAAUCUGGUGAAUAAAGCUUUCUACAAGAAUUCCCAAGAAGUAUAUACCGACUAUUUCAGAAAGAUCCAUGCUGUUAUACGAAUGGCUGAUCUUUACAAGUCUUAUGUAUUUUUCAAUGGCAUGUAAGUUAACUCUAAAGUAGUAGUUCCC